AUGGUGGAGAAAGAAAGGGAAUUAAGCGAGAGAGAGAGGAAUUUGGAGGGGAAGAUGGAGGUGGUUAGGUGGGAGAGGAGGGGAGUGGGGCUAAGAAGGGGGUUUGGGGAUGGCAUGGGGAUGGAGAUGGCGAUGAGAGAGGAGGGAGGGGAAAUGGUCAGGAGAGAAAUGAUUAAAGGGGAGAUGGAGGUGGAGAUUAAGGGAUCGAAAGGAGAAAGUAGAUUGGAAGGAAGUGUAUUGAGAAGCGAGAGUAAUAUUCUAGAGAAGGAAAGGAUUUUAGAGGAGAGGAUGAUAGAAGGAAAAGAGAAAGGAGAAAAGAGAAAGGAGAAAAGAGAAAGGAGAAAGGCAGAAAGGAAGAGAGCUUGA